AUGACGGAUGGCGGAUCCGUCGGAUCAACGGCUAGCGAUUGCGGUUUCUGGUGUCUGGUUACCAGUCGCCGGUUCGCGGAGGCUGUUUCGUCGCUGGCGAAGCCGAGAGACGUGGUGCUGCGGCCCAAGGAGGAGCAGGAUAUGGUGGGGUUCGGAUGGCGGGAGAUUCUGGGCUUGAAACAGAAGUCAUCGGGGAAUGAUGAGCUUGCUGCUGAGACGCAUCAGGUCUAUUACGUCACCAACCGGGUGUGCGAGAGGGAGGACGAGAAGAUGGGCAAGGUGUACGGCAAGCACAUGGACAGUGGCUUGCAUGUGGGCGUGGUGGAUGUGGACUGUCCUAAUGGCAAGCCUCAGGUGAAAGCAGAGGGGCAGCUUGUAACGAGUAUGGACUCGGAGGCAUUCAAGCAGCGGCUGCGAGAGCAAGUGGCUCGCGAUGAGAACAAGGCAGUGCUUGUCUAUGUGCAUGGCUGCUUCACUGAUUUCAGCCGGGGCAUGGGCUAUGGAGCAUUUAUGCAGCGAGGCCUUGAUUUCAACGGGCCCAUGGUGGUGUACAGCUGGCCCACCGUGGGGCGGCCGUCCGUGUCGGUGGGGCUGGGGGUGAUCAGCCUGUACCGCCAGGACGAGAUCACCUGCAUGCAGGCCGCCCCUGACCUCAGGGAGCCGUCCGUGUCGGUGGGGCUGGGGGUGAUCGGCCUGUACCGCCAGGAUGAGGUCACCUGCAUGCAGGCUGCUCCCGACCUCAGGGACCUGCUCCAAAUGCUCUCAACCGAAGUGGGAGCAAAAGCCGUGCAUGUGAUGGCAUACAGCAUGGGUGCACGCACGCUCCUCGAGGCUCUCCGCCUCUCCUCGCUCUUCCAUGCCUCCACCGGCGUCACCUCCCACAUCUACUUCAUGGCCCCUGACGUCGCUACCUUCUCCUCUGUUAUUCAGAAGUUCAGUCAAGUUCCCCGCUCCCCUGUUUCUUCUGUUCCCCCAAUCCCACAGGACCUGCUCCAAAUGCUCUCAACCGAAGUAGGAGCCAAGGCCGUCCACGUGAUGGCGUACAGCAUGGGCGCGCGGACUCUCCUCGAGGCCCUGCGCCUCUCAUCAGCCUCCCCGCCGCACCUGGACCCCUUCCAUGCCUCCACCGGCGUCACCUCCCACGUCUACUUCAUGGCCCCUGACGUCUCUGCCCAAUCGUUUUCCUCUGUCAUUCGGAGGUUCAAGUUCCCCGGAAUCAAGUGGGAAGGGGAGACGGAGGGAAACGAGAGGCUUUCCGGGAUCGCAUGGAAAGGGGAGGAGGAGGAAAGUGAGAGGCAUGCUGGGGGUGCAGUGGAAACAGGGGCAGAGGAGGGGGGAACGGGUUCUGGGGCUUUGGAUGCCAGCCCCCUUUUGACCCUUCUCCAGCAAGCCCAGCAAGUGAAGGCGUCACCUGUCGUCUUGCCAUUGCCAGCGGUGCCAUCGUCGCCUUCCUCGCCUCAGUCUCCCUCAUCAUCCCACUCUUCAUAUUCCCCCUCUUCCCCACCUUCCUCAGCAGCACCUUCUCACGCACCUUCCUCCGCAGCAUCCUCUGCACCUUCCUCCGCACCUUCCUCAGCAGCACCUUCUGCCGCACCUUCCUCCGCACCUUCCUAUAGACCUUCCUCCACGUAUGACUUAGACGCACGCAGUCAUGAUUCCAUGAUAGAGAGGAUCGCAGACGUGUGGAACGUGGCUGGGGAAAGCACGUCAGGCUGGGUAACGCUACGGCAGGCUUGGCAGGAGGUUCGGGAAAAGGGGCUGAUGGAGGUUUGGAACGAGAUAUUCCACCCGCCGGGCCUUGCCGAACCUGGUGGCCAUGCGUCUGCCGAGGCUGUGUCGAGUCUUGUCGGCGGCGGGCCUGAGAGGUUUGGAGGUGCAUCCGAGCCUGUUUUCCGAACCAGAGAGGCAGGAGGCAACGAGGCUGAGCACAAGUCCGGAAGUAGCAGGACUGGCAGUGCUUCUAACGCAUUUGAUGGGCCUAGAAAGCAUUCUCUUAACGGUUUACAGAUGUCCGAAGCAGUUCAGGAAGCAGCAGCGAGAACGGGAGGAGCGUGUCCUGAUAGCUCGUGUGCUUUUAACGAAGGGGAGUGUGAGACGGGGAGAUCUCCGGCAGUGCGGGAGAACGCGCACAUACACCUGUUCACGGCUCGCAAUGACAUUGCUCUGCUGCUCUCCGAAUUUAUGGACGCCGGUAUUCCCAAGGUGCGUGCAGGCAGGGGAUCUGAUGACUUCCUGUUGUGCUGCGGGCACAAGGCAUUCGACACGGUGGAUGUGAGUCUCCUGAACAGCGGGCUGCUCAGCACGGGCCACUUCUACCUCUUCCACCACAUCGUGCGCCGCGACAUGCGCCGCCAGAUGCUGGGACUCGCAGGGGGCGGGGGUGGGAUUGACUCGUCACCACUCACCUGGGCAUGUCCAUAA